GACCUCCCCAAGAAUUCCUUAAUAGCAGCCUGGAGAGAGUAGAUAUGGCAACUAAGAAGACUUCUGCGGUAGCCUUGCUUCUCUUCUCCUUUGCCUUCGCUUUAUUCACCACGGAGAGUCGCCCUAUCCGGAAGGACCUGGAUCUUGGGCUUGGCCUCGGGCUCGGGCUUGGUCUUGGGCUCGGCCUGGGCGGCGGGGGAUCGGCAUCUGGCUCGGGGUCUGGUUCAGGUUCGGCGUCUGGUUCUGGUUCGGCGUCGGGCUCGGGGUCCGGCUCGGGCUCUGCCUCUGGGGGAGGUUCGUACGCUGGCUCCAACGCCGGGUCUUACGCUGGGUCGGGUGGUUCCGGUGCCGGUUCGUCGGCAGGUUCUGGCGCCGGUUCUGGUGUGGGUCAAGGUUCAGGUCAGGGAAGUGGGCGUGGGUCUGGCUCAGGGUCUGGUUAUGGGGAGGGUCGAGGUUAUGGGGGUGGUUCCGGUAAUGGUGCCGGGUCCGGUUCGGGGUAUGGUGAGGGAUAUGGUUAUGGUUCCGGCUCUGGUUCGGGUGGUGGGCAUCACUGAUGGCGAGACUAUUGGUCUAGCUUUGGGCAUUUGAUUCCCUGGUCUCUGAAACCAUGCAUGUCUUUUUCUUGUUUUUUUUUUUUGGUAGUAGCCCAUGCAUGUCUUUAGUAUAUAAACAAAAGUCUGUCUCUCUUCCAGUGUGGUCAGCUGUGUAGAAGUUGUUUUGGGCUCUUUUACAUGAUAAGUGAAUGUUAUCUCCCUUCUGCCUUUGUCUUUAA